ACACAAUGAUCAUAAUUAAAAAAAAAUUAGUACAGGCAUAAGCACCCAAAAUGCAGCUAGGAAAAAAACUGAGCAUAAAUCUAGAUGGGCAAUUAGGGUCCUCUCUGAAAGGCAAGUUUUAGGGGUCUCUAAGUUAUGUUCUUUUUCUCUUCCAUUUCAGGAUUUUGCAAAGCAGAAUUUGAAAAUCUGGUCCUGUUAUGGUCUUUCUUAGAACCCCGGAACUGAAGAGUCAAAGUUUUUGUCCUGUACCCGUUCCCUCUCAUUCUAACUUCACAGGAGAACACUCCCUUGUUGAAUGAACCAGUGCAUUACUGAGGGUAGCACUAUAUGCAUUAGCUCUGAGUAUUUAGGAAAAAAGAGACCCCAGUUUAAAAAAAAAAACCAACCCACUUAUGAAAUACUCUCUGGUCCUGAGUUUCAGUGAAAUUAUAGCUACUUGAUAAGCUUGUGUGGAACCAUCAGGAUGGAUCCAAAUUUUGUUUUUCUUUCUUCUAAAUCUCAGACAUAUUCUCACAUGGGAGAAUCUAUGAAAGAAGAGGGAAGCAGCCCGUCCUCCAGAGGAUGUGGGCAAGACUCACCCAUUCCCUGGGACCAAAUCACCGUUUCUAACUUUGUUGAUUCUGACUGGUUUUGUGAUGAACACAUACAAGCUAAAAGGGCCAGAGUAGAAACUAUUAUACAAGGCAUGUCUCUUUCACCAAACCCACUGAUGCCCUCAAGCAAUUCUAGGGAAAAGGACAGCAGGCAUCCCACAGAAAAAAGCAGGGAGAAUAAGAGGAAACAAAAACUUCCUCAGCAGCAGAAUCCCCAGGGGGGAGAGUGGUCAGGGGUCAGUAGAGGUAACUGGAAGGGAGAAAGUCACCAUUUUAAGGAACAAUUUCAAAUGCUACAGCAGCAGCUAAGACAUCUUCAAGAGAGACUCUUCCAGCUUUCUGAGCACAGUGCCCUAGCUCAAAGCCAGAAAGAUAUGGGAAGAAAAAAGGACUCUCUAAAACACAGGAAUGAUUCAAACUGUGGCCACUGGGCUGUAGGCAUUGAUCAGUAUAAGGAUCUCAAAAGGAACUUCGCCAAAGGAGAGAAACCCAAAAUUUCUGAAGAGGAAAGCCAAUCUAGGGCUCCCUGGUUAAUAACUUAUGAAGAGAAAACUCUAUCAGAGAUAUUAAAGAAAGAAUUAACUGGGGCUGUGUCCCAGGUUGUGGAUUCAGUCUUAAGAAAAGUAUUAUCAAAACCAUCAGGUUACCAGACUCAACUGGUAAAUGGUAUCCAAGGGCCAGGACGAGACAGAAAAAGCGGAUAUUCUACUGCUACAGGGAACUCAAGCAAAGAUCAGCUUCCCAUGGAAAGCUCCCAGAAUAUGGCACAAUCACAAGCUGAGGCCCACAUGAGUGCUUUGCCAUUGUCCAUGAAGAAGUGUUCAGAUUCUCUAGGGCACCUGGUCAAUUCAAGAAUGACCCAGAAACCCUACCAGGAUCUUCCAGUAAAUUUAGCUAUGACUUCUCACAUUCAAGAAAAACAGAUUCUUAGCCAACUGUUAGGGUAUGGACAAAAUGGCCAUUGGAGUUAUAGCCCUUCCCAAAUCUCUUCCUUUCAAGCUACUUCAUCCCCACAGUCUCAAGAUCUAUCUUGGGCCACUAUUAAACGGCAGUCAUCAGGCAUGGGCCAGCAGCGAUACCCACUGCCCUUCACCUCUAACCAAGUAGAAGGUCUGGCUCUUCUUCAAACAGUGAAGCUGGAACACGAGAACCUGAAGACCAACACAGAUGUGAUUCCUUUCUCUUCUGUCCAUAUCCAAGAGGGGCUAAACCCUGGCCACCUGAAGAAGGCCAAGUUGAUGUUUUUCUUUACCCGUUACCCAAGCUCCAGCCUCCUGAAAGCCUAUUUCCCUGAUGUUCAGUUCAAUCGCUGCAUCACCUCCCAGCUCAUCAAGUGGUUCAGUAAUUUUCGUGAGUUUUAUUACAUCCAGAUGGAAAAAUUUGCCCGACAAGCUAUCUCUGAAGGAAUCACAAACCCAAAUGUGCUGAAAGUUCCCAGGAACUCAGAACUCUUCCGGACCCUCAACAUGCACUACAAUAAGGGAAAUGACUUUGAGGUCCCAGACCAGUUCCUGGAAAUUGCCAGCCUGACACUGCAGGAGUUCUUCAAUGCUGUCACAGCAGGGAAAGACUCAGAGCCCUCCUGGAAGAAACCCAUUUAUAAAAUCAUUUCAAAACUGGACAGUGACAUUCCUGAGAUAUUCAAAUCUUCCAGCUGUCCACAGGAGCUACUUCAGAAUUAAGAGUCUACUACUAGGAGUCCUUUUUCAUGACGAGAAAUGUGGAAUAAUGUGCCAGAAAGAUACUGGCCUGGGCUUAAUGUGCAUUUGUAUUAAAGGGCAAAAAAUACAGCUUUACUCAUAUGGAAAAGCAAAAAAAAUAAA